AUGAAUUCAACAUCAGCCUUUUUGAAGGAGAAUGCCCUUCACAUUUUUCAUGUUGUGCCAGGCAUCUUUGGUAAUCAGCAGUCUCAGUAUCUGGAGAUGAUCAAGCAGAUGUUGAUUCAUAGCCUAAAUGACAAUGAGUGGGAAGUCCAGCUUGUUGCCACUAAAGCUCUGUCUGCUUUUCUCUUGGACAAUGAAGAGGACACACGAACCAUGGCUGCCUUUGGAGAUGCCUUGCCUUUGAUGCUGAACGUAGUGGGGAAAAGCAUUUACAAUCCUGAAGAGGAUGACACCAUGCUCAAGUGUCUGAUUGACAUUGCUGAGUCAAUACCUAAAUACCUUAGACCACAGGCUCUCCCAGUUAUGGAAAUGUGCAUAAAGAUCUUAGCAGAUCCUGAGAUCACAGAUCCUACUAGGCAUUUAGCUUUGGAAGUUGUGGUGACACUGUGUGAAACAGCCCCGGGAAUGGUGAGAAAGCUUGGGAAAAAGAUUGUCCCUAGUCUGAUGCUAGAAACUCUAAAAAUGGCUUCAGAUUUAGAAGAGGAUGAGGAAUGGAACAAUGCUGAUGAAGCACAAGAUGAUGAUGAGGAGAGCAAUUCUGUUGUGGCUGAGAUGGCUUUGGAUCGAAUUGCCUGUGGACUGGGAGGAAAAACUGUAUUGCCACAUGUCAUGGAAACCAUCCCUGGAAUGCUGUCUUCAUCUCGAUGGCAGGAGCGGUAUGCAGCUCUUAUGGCUAUCUCAUCUGUUGGAGAGGGAUGUCACAAGCAGAUGGAGAGUCUCCUCCCUGAGCUCAUGGGUGGAAUACUUCGAUUCCUCCAGGAUCCACAUCCCAGAGUAAGACAUGCCUGCUGCAAUGCCAUAGGUCAAAUGGCCACUGACUUUUCUCCAACCUUUGAAAAGAAGUUUGCUGACAAGGUAGUGCCAGGUCUUCUCCUCUUGCUGAAGAAUGAUCCAAAUCCAAGAGUGCAGGCACAUGCUGGGGCUGCCUUGGUUAACUUCAGUGAGGAAUGUCCCAAGCCUAUCUUGAGUAUCCAUUUGAUGGAUCUCAUGAGCUGUCUAGAAGAAGUUCUGAGUGCAAAACUCCAGGAAUUGGUCUCCAAAGGAACAAAGCUUGUACUGGAGCAGGUUGUUACUACCAUCGCUUCUGUUGCUGACACUGUUGAAGAUAAGUUUGUCCCCUUCUAUGAUCGCUUCAUGCCUUACUUGAAAUAUAUAAUUCAGAAUGCAAUGUCAGCUGAGUUACGUCUUCUCCGAGGAAAGACAAUAGAGUGUAUCAGUCUGAUUGGUCUUGCUGUGGGAGCAGAGAAGUUCUUGCCAGAUGCCUCAGAAGUCAUGAAUCUACUCUUGAAGACUCAGGGAGCUGUUGGUGCUGGAGAUGCCCCGGAUAUCACUGAUGAUGACCCUCAGAUGUCAUAUAUGAUCAGUGCUUGGGCAAGGAUAUGCAAGAUCCUUGGGAAGCAGUUCACCCAAUAUCUGCCUUUGGUCAUGGGUCCUGUCAUCAAGGCAGCUUCAAUCAAGCCAGAAAUCACUAUGUUGGAUGCUGAUGAAAUGGAAGCUGCUGGAGGAGAUGAUGAUGAUUGGCAGUACAUAUCAUUGGGAGAACACCAGAACCUUGGAAUUCGCACCAGUGGAUUGGAAGACAAGGCCAAUGCCUGCCAGAUGCUUGUAUGUUAUGCUAGGGAGUUGAAGGAAGGGUUUGCUCCAUAUGCAAGAGAGGUCCUUAACCUGAUGGUCCCACUUCUCAAGUUCCUGUUUCAUGAAGGAGUUCGGUCUGCUGCUGCUGACAGUCUCCCAGCACUCUUGGAAAGUGCAAAACUGAAUCCAGAAACACAGGGUCAAGUUGUAGAGAUGUGGACAUAUACAUGUCCAGAGCUUCUGAAAGCAAUCGAGAAUGAGAAUGAAGGUGAGGUCCUUUCUGACCUCCUGGGAUCCCUUGCCAAAUGUAUUGAGGUAUUGGGCUCAGGCUGUUUGAAUGAAGAAGCAAUGAGGGAAAUCUUUAGGCUAUUGGAUAAAACGCUGAAAGAGCAUUUCCAGAAGGCAAGUGAGCGACUACAGCAACGGUCGGAUGAAGACUACGAUGAGGUUAUUGAGGAGCAGCUGCGGGAAGAGAAUGAAGAUGAUGUUUAUAUUUUGACUAAAGUGGCUGAUGUACUCCAUUCCUUGUUCCUUGUUUAUCGAGAGUCCCUCUAUAGCUACUUUGACCAGAUACUUCCCCACUUCGUCCAUCUCCUUCAAUCAGAACGCCCUCCUGCUGAUCGUCAGUGGGGAAUCUGCAUAUUUGAUGACCUUAUUGAAUUCACUGGUCCCUCUGCAGUCAAGUACCGGGAAUAUUUCAUCCAUCCUCUGUUGACAUACAUCCAUGACAACAACGUUGAGGUGCGUCAAGCAGCAGCUUAUGGCCUGGGAGUUCUGGCUCAUCACGGAGGAGAAGCAUUUGCCACCACAUGUGCCCAGGCCAUUCCUCUUUUAACCCAAGUCAUCGCUGCUGCUGAAAGUCGAUCCCCCGAAAAUGCUCCUGCUACAGAAAAUGCCAUUUCAGCUGUUGCCAAGAUUCUCAAAUACCAUGCCUCAGUUGUUGAUGUAAACACCAUUUUACCCAUUUGGCUCUCUUGGUUGCCAACUUAUGAAGAUGUGGAAGAGUCGCCUCACAUAUAUGGAUAUUUGCUUGAUUUGAUGGAAGCCAACCACCCUGUAGUCUUGGGGCUCAAUAAUGCCAAUCUCCCACAUCUUAUCUGCAUUUUAGCCGAAGCCCUCCAUCGGGAAGCAGUUAAUAAAGAAGAUCCGACUUACUUGCGUAUCAAGAACAUUAUCCAUCAAGUCCUCAGCAACAGUGAUUUGGCUCAUGCGUGCUCAGAAGUGCUCAACCAGGACCAGAAGGACGCCUUGCAAAAGCUGUGA